CAUUAAAAAUAGUAAAAUACUGAGAUAGUUUUGUACUCUCCCGCAAUUUCAGAGGAGAUAACAAUGGCGGUGUUGACUGGUUUAUCCCCGCCAAUCAGCUCAUCGUUGAUUACGUCACCCUCCUCCUUACCUUCGACUUCCUAUUAUUUUAAUAAUGACGAAAGAAAUUGCCAUUUUUUGCCCAAAAAAAUUUCGAAAUGCAGUCGAUUUUCCCCAAUUUCCGCAGCAGUUCGUAAGCGUAAAGCAGAGAGAGCUCAAUCAAUUCUCUACUCGAUUCAGCCCCAGCCCCAGAUGAACCCUAACUCCUUAAAUUCAUCAGGCAGUGGAGUUUCAUGGAUAAGAAACGAACCAUCGAUUUACAACAAAUUUGAUUGUCAUGGGCAAAGUGAAGGUCCAUUGCAUUCGGUGUUCCCUACAACAUCGGCACAAGUUUCUUCUGUAGAGGAUCUUUACGAAUUUAUAUGUGCGGGCCCACUUAUAGACAAAGUAGGCCUGAAUCCGGAAAAGGUGGGCGAAUCAAUCAACGAGUGGGUACUGUGUGGGUCCCACCUCUGCAGAUUGUUUCAGCUCGACGAACUCUUUCUCACCGAGCCUCAAAAAAUCCGUAUCUACCAUUACUACAUACCUGUCUUCAUGUGGUGCGAACAGGAAAUCUCUCGUCAUAAUUCUCAGUUUAAAGACAAAGAUGACGUUCCCCCUUUAGUGAUUGGUUUCAGUGCGCCACAAGGGUGUGGGAAAACGACUCUUGUAUUUGCUCUGGAUUUCCUUUUUAGUAUCUCUGGGAGGAAGACUGCGACUGUGUCGAUCGAUGAUUUUUACCUGACGGCAGAGAAUCAGGCCAAGCUAAGAGAAAGCAAUCCUGGAAAUGCACUUCUAGAGUACCGUGGAAAUGCUGGAAGCCACGAUCUUUCAUUGUCCAUUGAGACGUUGACAGAACUAAACAAAUUGACCAAAGAAGGCAUGAAAAUGAAGCUUCCCCGAUAUGACAAGUCGGCAUAUAGCGGUCGUGGUGACAGAGCUGACCCGUCAAAAUGGCCCGAGGCCGAAGGCCCUCUAGUCGCGGUUCUAUUCGAGGGUUGGAUGCUUGGUUUUAAGCCCGUUCCAGUUGAAGUUGUGAAAGCAGUAGAUCCACAGCUGGAGAUCAUCAAUAAAAACUUAGAAGCUUAUUACGAUGCAUGGGACAAGUUCAUCAAAUCGUGGAUCGUAAUCAAGAUUCAAGACCCCAGUUGUGUCUACCAGUGGCGAUUGCAGGCAGAGAUUGCUAUGAGGGCUGAUGGAAAGACAGGAUUGUCUGAUGAAGAGGUUUUGGAUUUCGUUUCGCGAUAUUUGCCAGCAUACAAAGCAUAUCUUCCGACACUUUAUGCGGAAGGACCAAAGGGAUCUGACCCAAACCAUUUACUAGUUGUGGAAAUCGACGAGGGGAGAAACCCUAUUCUCGGAAGUUAGACCACGGCCUCUUUUCAGCAACAGCAAAUGGCGUCCAAACAGCACUCACAAGUCUCUCCACAACACCAACAGCAACACAAUGUAAAGAAGCUGUACCACAAAACAAACAUGCCCUGUUAUAUUUCGUUAGGUAAAUUUACGAAAAACCCCCUUAUGUUUGGAUAAUUACAACGAUUCCUCAACUAUGAAUCUUUUCACAAGUCCAUUGUUAUGGUGUCAAAAUUGAACAGAAUCUUCUAGAUUCCAUGGAAUGUUCUCUAGGUUGUACUCGAUUUGUGCAAAAA